AAGUCCGUAUUUAUGACUCCUUGAAGACCAGGACCGGUUUGGACAAGGAUGACUUGGAUCUUCUCAAAAAUGUCUUUCGGGAGAAGGGUGGGCUGCGGGGCUGGAGUGUGACGUACCCCGUCCAGUGGCUUCAGAAAGACUCUGUCAACUGUGGGAUUUUUGUCUGCUCAGUGAGUGAAUCCCAGUCCUUCUGUGUACAGCAGUGUUUAAAAUGCCUGCUUUUAAAGAAUAUGAAAGUAGUUUGGUUUUGAAGCUGGUUUUUCAAACUAUGUAUUUGGCUAAAGCCAGAGAAGACACACUAUUUUGAAUUUGACAAACACUGAAUUUGGAGUACAUCCAACCCCUUUAAACCCCUUCUUCACAUGAUUUAUUAUCCAGUAUGUGAAAUGAAGGCUAUUAUAUCUCUAUUUAAUUUAUAUGUUCGUAAUAGUCGUUCUAUAUGGCAGAAAUUCUGAAACAUCAACGGCCCUAUUUACCGUCAAAGAGGUCUAGCGUAAACUCUGGUGUGCAUUGUUAGAAUAUUGGAAAAGCCCAUAUGCACAUAAUAAUAAUAACUCCUCACAGAUUGUGUGCGAUUAACGCUCUCUUAUCAUUGUUCAUCUUGGCUGCCGAGAAUGAAGUGACCAAAACGAAUGUCCAAGAAGAGUCACUGACAAUGACCCAAUGCCGGACUCUGCGACGAUACCACGCAGCAAAGAUGAUAAAGGAUAUCCCAGAGACAGCCUUUCCUCUCACAAAGAGUCAGUCAGAGGAUUUAGAAAAACAAGAGACCAGGCUCACAAGGGCAGAAAAAAAUCUGCCGGAAUCCAACUGCCAGUGCAUCGCAUGGUGCAUGAGUGCCUGCAUUGUUCAGGCUGUCCCGGGGACAAGCCUAGAUUACAAAUGGCUCAAGUGCAAACAAUGCAAGAAAUGGAUUCAUUUCCAUUGCGCUGGGAUUGUUGGAGAGUGGGCCGACAAAGACUUUGAUUGUGGCUGCAAUAAAGUUGUCCAACCAAAUAUUAAGGAAAGCUUGGAAUCAAUUGAGGUGGACAACAUGUUGACUGACCAAGAAAUAGAGGAUAUGGAGCAAAAUCUAAGAGAUGGCAAGCUUCUGUCCAACAGAGUCUAUCUGCACCAUAAUAAAGGUGUUUAUCCAGGGCUCAAGACCAUGUAUGCCACCCAUAACACACUGUUGGAUGAAAUUAAGACUGCAGAGAUGAUGAACAGGCUGAAGAACAUCCUGCCAGCACCAGGAACACAACACAAGACUUACCUGGAAGAAGUCAUUCUGCCAGAGGUAACAAUCCUGUGGCUGAGGAAAACUUUUGGUCUUUGGCGACACGAGGCAGAACGUAUCCUUUUGAAAGGGGAAGAUGCACGAAGUGGAGCAGAAAAGCCAACCAGCAGCCCUGCAGGCCAAGAUCCGACAGACACCACAGAAUAUUGGCAAAAUCGGAACGCUGAAUCCUAAUUUGUUGGCAGCCAAGUAAAUGGACUGUACUUGUAUAGCACUUUUCUAGUUAUCCAACCACUCAAAGCGCUUUAACACCCCAUGACAUCAUUCACCCAUUCACAUCCAUUCAUACACUAAUGACAGGACCUACCGUACACAGUUAGCACCUGCCCAUCAGUAACUAACAUUCACACACUGUAGUCAUAGCUAGAGGAACAAUGCUGGGGUCAAGUGUCUUGCACAAAGACUCAUUGACAUUGGGUUCAGCCGGGGAUCGAACCACCAACCUUCUGGACGACGACCGCGCUCGCCACUCACCCAGUCACAACUGGUGCCAUACUCGCUUGUUUCAGGGAUUUGCCAGAAGUAAAAAAUAUGCACAUCAA